UCCUAUUGAGCUCCUUGCACAGCCUGGGAGAUCCUCCCACUCCUCUCCAGUGUAGGUCCCCUCAGGAUCGCGCCAUGUCCAGCCCAGUGCCCCAGCCUGCUCCCUCAGGCACUCAGGUCCAGCCAGGGUGCUUGGGCCCCUGUCAGGCGGCUGUUUCCCCAGUAGUCUCGCACCGCUUAGCUCCAGGACGCCUGGAGUCCUCCUUCUCUGUCGAGGCCAUCCUGGCGAAACCCAGGACUCCUGAGCAGGCUGCCACCUCUCUGCCGCUCUCUACUUGCACCAGCCUGAACUUCGCCUCUGUGUCGCAGUACUGGGUCCUGCCCUGGGUGUGCUCCACAGGGACUUGGCUGCCAGCCUACCUGAGCGUGGGCGGCUACCCGCUGUGCUCCACGUCCUACCUGCCCGGACUGAAUGUGACUCACCUCCUCUGCCAGCAGGACCUCAGCCUCACAGGCUCAGAGCUACCUUACUGUUUAGGCCCUCUGAAAUGGGCACCCACCGUGGACCUUCAGGACCACAGUACCAAGAGACACCAAAAGAGGGUCCGCACAAUGUUUAACUUGCAGCAGCUGGAAGAGUUGGAGAAGGUGUUUGCAAAGCAGCACAACCUGGUAGGGAAGGAGAGAACCCAGCUGGCUGCCAGGCUGCACUUGACGGAGAACCAGGUGAGGAUCUGGUUCCAAAAUCGCAGGGUGAAGUAUCAGAAGCAGCAAAAACUGAAGUCACCUUCCUCCUUUGCCAUGGAAGAGCCCUCCAGCAGCUCAGAUGGCAACAUCCAGAGUGAAGAUACUGAGUCAGGAGUUGACAGUUAAGGAUGGAAUAAGAGGCCCUAGCCAUGUUAUAUGGGCCAGUUCUUCCUGUGGUACCUGCUGGCCCUCCCAGUCCCACAGCUCACUGAAGAGCUUCCUUAAGGUCAAAGGAUAACAAAUGUACUUGAACAAUCAAGGAGGGGAACUCUGGAAGCAGAAUAAUGGGUUGAUCUAUGUC